AUGGCUAGUACUUCGUCUGUUAGGCCUAAGAAGAAUGAUAAGGCAAAAGAGGAUAUAAUCAGUAAGCUACCUGAUUCACUUAUAACUCGCAUUCUCUCUUUGCUCCCAACAAAAGCUGCUGUGCGUACGAGUGUGUUAUCUAAAAGAUGGAUAGAAAGCUGGACAUUAAUCACCAAGAUAACUUUUAAUGACAGUGUGUUUUACAUUCGCAAGAGGAAGAAAUCACGUGGCAAACAAAACUUUAUAAACUUUGUCUAUAGAACACUUGCUAAGGUUUAUAAUGUGGAAAAAUUCUCUGUUUUCCUCACUAACAAGUAUGAUGCAACUAUUGUUAAUACAUGGAUCUCUUGCAUCUUGAGUCGGAGAGUAAAAAAACUUCGAAUCUGGACAGAUUUUAAACUACCCUUCUCUCCUCUUACAUGUCACUCCCUUUUUAAUCACUCCUAUAAUUUAGAAGAAUUGGAGUUGGAUAUGGAUUCUUGUGCUAUCAAAGUUCCUUCUCCUCCAAGUUAUGGUUUUUUCAUUUUUAGAAAUCUAAAAGUACUCAGGUUGCAUGGAGUUAUAUUUACCAUGGACAAAUCUUUACACAUGGUUUUAGAAUCAUUGAAAAAGUUUGAGAUAGAAAACUGCUCUUGGUUAAGUGCUUAUGAUGUCACACUUGAAGCGCCUAGACUUGAAAGUGUUGUAAUAGUACAAGGCCUUGAGGCAGUAACUCGCGAGCCACGUAGCUGCACAAUCAAAUUUUCUGUUUCAUGUAUGAAAGAAUUCACUUAUGAAGGUGUUGGUGGUAUAUCACAACCCAUUGUUCUCUCAAAUCCAUCGGCAGCCAGUGACACUUUUGUUAAGAUUAUGUUGCAUAGGGAUGGGAGUUAUGUUCAAGAAACUGGAUCACGCGCUUGUCUCCUUCUCAAACAAUUUAGUCAAGCGAAGCGUAUCGAAUUUCAUGGAUCAGAGGUUCUCACUCAACCAAAUAUGAUUGCUCUACCAAGAUUUGCAAUGUUGAGCCAUUUGGAUCUUGGCAUUAUUACUGGUGAUGUUCUGUUGAGCUUACUUCAAAAGUCUCCUAUUCUCAACACUCUAGUUUUAAAGGAAAUAUCAAAAUUCGACCAAGAGCUUCUGAAAUCUGCUGCUGUGCCGGAGUGUUUGGCAUCAAGUCUCCAAGUUGUGAAAUUUGAAAGUGUCCGUGGAUCCGAGCAUGAGUUGUUUUUGGCUAAAUAUUUUAUGGAAAAUGGCAUUGUGCUUGAGAGGAUGAGUUUCGCUGUCAAUUUAUGGCUGAGUAAAUCUAAGGCCAUUGAAGAAUUUAAGGAGAAGUUGAACAAAGAGAUAAUGGUUGCCCCCUCUGUCGUGUCUAAAGAAGUCGAAGAUAUUGAAUCCUCUUAUACCGUCGAGGAGAAGAUCCCCUCCUUUCGGACGGAGUUGGUUAUUUCUUCUUCAAAAGAUAAACAUAUGGUCAUUUUGGAGGCAUGUUCACCAUGGGACAGGCUACCAUGGCCAUACCUUAUAAUCCCCUUUCUGUACAUCUACUUCUACUUCCACCCAUCAAGGACAUGGGGUUAUUUUCCAUUUUCUCCUUUUAAGGUGGAAGUCCUGAGAGUUCACAAUAUUGUGUCUUCCCAGCUAGUUCUAAUAGUUAGGGCUUUGUUAGGACAUUCGAAAUAG